UUCUACAAUCCUCUGUUCACAUGUGAGUUUCCACAAUCAAUCAAUUGAAUUUGGUGGUGCUUUCUUUCAUAGACGAAUCAUUCACACUAAAGUUAUAAGCAAUUAAUUCUUGUUCACUGUGAUCUCUCUUGACCAUCUUCAAUUUUCUUCUCUCUCAAUAAUUCGGAAAUACUUUCACUCACAAACCUCCCUGAAACUAGUUCCCCUGAUUUCUUUAGUUUGCAUCUUGUUGCCCUGUUACUUUCUCUGUUUUACUUUCUUUAUUUCAGAAUCCUUUUGCCCUGUUUCUAGUUCUUUAUUUUUUUCUGUUUCAAUAUUUCUAAUUUCUACAACCAAAAAAAAAAAUUUUGCUUUCUGUCAUUUCUCGAUUACUAGAAAGAAUUAUCAUUUCUUGUAUUUAUUGUUAAUUUCAGUGUAUUUUAAUUAUUUUCAUUUGCUUUACUUCUCUUCUGUGCUUUUCAAACUUCAAAAAAUGGUUGAUGUUGCUGGGAGUAUCGGUGGUGUGGUGAGUCCACUCCUUCAAGUUGGCGAGUGGUUGGCUGCUCCGAUUUGGCGUCAAUUUAAGUACGUGUUCAACUACAGGAGCAACUUUAACAGUCUCCAAGAACAAGUUGAUAAGCUGAAGAAUACAAGAGACGAAGCUCAACGUAAGGUCACUGCAGCUGAAAGAAAUGUGCAAGAGAUCAAACAGAAUGUCAAAAACUGGCAGAAGGAUGUGGAGAAGACCAUUAUUGAAGCAGAGCAGCUGAUUCAAGAGAAAGCAAACAACCCUCGAUGUUUCAAGGGAUUGUGCCCCAACUUCAUCAUCCACUACAAACAAAGCAACAAAGCAUUCAAAUUAAAGCGAGAUGAUAUUGCUCCACUCCACCAGCAAGAAAAGGAUUUGGAUCCAGUUUCCUAUCCUACUAAUCCACCGAAGAUCUGGCUUAGAUCUAGUGAAGAUUAUUUGGCUUUUGAAUCAAGAAACUCCACAAUGAAGAAUGUUUGGGAUGCUUUAAAUGAUAACAAUGUCUUCAUGAUUGGUGUUUACGGGAUGGGUGGUCUUGGGAAGACUACUCUUGUGCAAGAAGCCGGUAGGAAAGCCAAGGAGAAAAAGCUCUUUGAGGACAUUGUCUUUGUAGAGAUAUCUGAAUCUCUUAAUAUAGAGAAGAUUCAAACAACAAUUGCAGACAACUUGGGUCUGGAAUUUAAAAACAAAAGUGACAGAGCAGAUGAGCUAUAUGCAAGAAUGAAUGGCAAGAAUAUUCUUUUAAUUCUAGAUAAUAUUUGGGAACCUCUAGAAUUUGAAAAGAUGAUAGGAAUUCCUUGCGGAGCUGGUCGUGGAAGAAAUAAACUUUUGUUCACAACAAGAAACAAAAAUGUGUUGGAGAGAAUGGAUUCUACAAAUAAUUUUGGGAUGCACUUUUUAAAGGAUGAUGAAGCUUGGACCUUAUUCACCAAAAUGGCAGGUGACGUUAGUCAAACACGUGAAUUGAAUUCUUUACCAAAUGAUGUAUGCAAAGAAUGUGGAGGUUUGCCGAUUGUCAUUUGUACAAUAGCAAAAGCAUUAAGGAAUAAGAGCGAAAGAUCUUGGUGGGAAAAUGCUUUGGGACUACUACAACCGCCUCCCCCUACAAACUUCACUAGACCUUUGGAAGAGUCAUAUAAAAAGAUUAAGUUGAGUUAUGAUUAUUUAGAAGAUGACAAGCUCAAGAAAACUUUUAUAAUUUGUAGUUUAAUGGAAAAUGACGCUUCCAUUUUAGACUUAUUGAAAAAUAUCAAAAGCAUGGGGAUACUUGAAGGAUCUAAGUUAACCAUAAAAGAAGCAAUGAGUAGACUAGAGGUCUGGGUCGAUGAACUCAAAGACCGUUGUUUACUACUUGAUGGAGGAAGUAAAAGAAGAUUUUCUAUGCAUGAUGUUAUUCGUGUUGUUGCUGUAACAUGUGCAUACAUAGACUACCAUGUUGAUACAGAGAAAAAUGAUGUUGAAAAGGAAUGGAAGGAUAAAGAUAAGCUUGGAUUAUGCACAACAAUCUCAUUAGUCGGUAAUGAUAUUAUUACUCAACUUUGGCCUGAAGGAUUAAAUUGUCUAAAACUUGAAUUUUUUCAGGCAAGUCAGAUGGGUUCUUCUUUCCAAAUCCCUGAGGGCUUUCUCAUUAUGAUGCCUAAGCUCAAAGUAUUAAAUUUAUUUGAAAUGCAACAGUCAUUGUUGUCAUUAUCAAUUGAUUGUUUGACUAACCUUCAAACAUUGUGUUUAGAUGGUAGCAAAAUUGAAGAUGUUACUGUUAUCGAAAAACUUAAGAAGCUAAAGGUCCUUAGCUUGCGAAAUACUUUGAUUGAGGAGUUUCAUACAAAUAUGGGUCAAUUGACACAAUUAGAGUUAUUAGAUUUGAGCUAUUGUAGAAAGUUGAAAGUUAUUGCUCCAAAUGUGAUAUCUCAGUUAUCCAAAUUGGAAGCAUUUUAUAUAAAGUCAUGUUCUAUUGAGUGGAACCAUGGAUUACUUGAGGAAGUGAAGCGGUUGUCCAAGCUCACCAUUUUGGAAUUGGAUGUUGAAGAUAUCAAUGUGUUGCCUAAACGCUUUUUUUCCAAAGAGCUUAAAAGGUACAACAUAUCAAUUGGCCGAUGGCAGUGGUUUCUUUUUGGAAACGACCAACUUGAGUGUUGGAGGACAUUACAAUUUAAAUUUAAUUCUACCACUUGCUUAGAAAAAUUACAUGAAAUCAAGAAUGUUGAAGCUUUGCUAUUGGACGAAUCUUCAAAUGAAGAGAAUGAUAUUGAGGCUUCAAAAGUUAUUUUGCAAUCCAAUGAAACCAAGCCACUUUUUAACAAAAAGGUUACUUUGACUGAUUUGAUGAGUUUGAAAUUGAUCAACAUUACCUUUGGAAAGAUUUGGGAGAGUCAGCUUUCAACUUCUUCUUAUGAAAAUUUGACAUGGUUUAGUUUAGAAAGAUGUGAUAAAAUAAAAUAUGUGUUUCCAUUUUACAUAACUAAAAGCCUCCAACAACUUCGAUGUCUUAAGAUACAUUAUUGUAAGGUUUUGGAGAAGAUUGUUGAAGAAGAAGAAGAAGAAGAACAAGGAAUAGAAAUUGUUAAUUCUAUAUUUCCACAUAUAACUCAAUUGAUGCUUCGAGAUUUACCCAAGCUUACUGUGUUCUAUCAAAGAGCACAUGUUUUGGAAUUACCAUUGUUAAAAGAGUUGGAGAUAGAAAAAUGUCCAAACUUCACUUCAAGAUAUGAAGGCUUCCAAGAUAAUAAUGAGAAGGAUGAAGUUCAAGUUUCAGAGUCAAAAUCCAUUUGUUUGAAACAUAAGAUUAAUUCUGAUUUGGAGGCAAUUAGAUUGGGGGAUUAUUGGGAAGGGGAUGUGAGAGAAAUCAAUUGGUUGAGUGAAUCUAAAACUCUUGAAAUCUCCCACACUAAUAUUUCAGUUGGACUCCUUCAAAGAUUUUACAAUCUUGAAGUUCUAUUUGUAGCUUCCAAUGAUAGAUUGAUGAGUCCACUGUCAUUCUUAACCUAUUUCCAGAAUCUUACAAUUCUGAAAAUAAGUUAUUGCCAUGGGUUGAUAAAGAGGUUAAUAACACCUUCAAUGACUGAAAGCUUGGUGCAACUAAGAGAAAUGAGAAUAAGAGGUUGUGGAUUGCUUACUGAAAUAGUAGAAAACGAGGGAGAUGAAACAACAAUUGAAAUUGUUUUUAACAAUUUGAACAAGUUGUCACUUGAAAAUUUAAAUUGUCUCACAUGUUUUUGUUCUGGAAAUUGCUCUUUCAAUUUUCCAUCUUUGGAAGAGUUAAUUAUAAAAGAUUGUCCAACUAUGAAGACUUUCUCUUCAGGAAGCUUAAGCACACCAAAGUUACACAAUGUCCAUUAUAGGAAGUCUUGGAGAGAUGAGAAGAAGCUAGUAAAGAUUGGGGAGAAUGACUUGAAUACAAUUACACAACAAGCAAACAAAAAAAAGGUUAACUCUGCUUUGGAGAAAUUGACAUUAAGUGGAAAAUAUAUCAUAUCAAUUUGGCAAGGAGACUUUGAAGAGAACUUUGGCAAAGUAAAAUCUCUUAAAUUGAUUAAUGAUGAGCAUGCAUAUAUUCCAAUUCAUAUCCUUAUGAAAUUUAUCACUCUUGAAAGACUCAAAUUAAAAGUGAGUUCAUACGAAGAGAUAUUCUCAUAUGAAGAAGGUGAGGAACAUGUUGGAGCACUUGCACAAUUAAAAUUUCUAAAAUUGUGGGGACUUUUUAAUUUAAAGUGCAUCUGGAAACAAGACUUUCAGUUCAAAUCAAUUCUUCAAAAUCUUUGUGAUUUAACUGUAGCAUAUUGUCACAAUUUGAUGACUCUACUGCCAUGUUCAUCAUCAUUCAAAAAUCUUACUACUUUGGAGGUGAUCUACUGUAAUGGAUUGCAAAACUUAAUUGCAUCCUCAAUAGCCAAAAGUCUAGUAUGUUUAGAAGAGUUGAAAAUAAGAGAAUGUGAAAUGAUGAUAGAAGUAUUAGCAAAUGAAGGAGACAAAGAGGAAGAUGAAAUUGUUUUUGAGAAACUUAAGGAGUUGACCUUGGUAAAAUUAAAAAGUCUCACAUGCUUCUAUUCUGGGAAUUGCGCCUUAAAUUUCCCAUUCUUGGAAUCAUUAAAUGUGUCUAAAUGCUUCAAGAUGAAAACUUUCUCUGGAGAAGGCUUAGACAUGCCAAGGUUACAGAAGGUGAAUAAAAAAGUUUGUACAAAUGACCUCGAUUCAAUCAUACAACAAUUACAAAAUGAUUGUUCAGAGUUCUGUGAUAGAAUGAGAAACAAACGUAUAAAAGAACUUAUAUGGUCCCCCCUACUUCGGUCUCUCCCAUCCUCGAACUCUCAAAUAUGACUGGGAAUCAUCAGAAGAAGAAGAGGACUGGAGCCAGACGGCGAGGAUGGAAGAUGAAGAAGAAAGCAGCAAUGUUUGAAGGGUUUUCAAACGAUCAAUUGAUGACGGCAACAACAGUUGAAGUUUGUCAAAGAAAGUUUCAGGCAA